ACCAUGGCCUAUCAAUCGGAGGUGAUCAUUGACGGUCAGCCGCAACCUGCAGGCACCAGCUACUCAUUCAAUAGUCAAGGAAGCUGGAAUUCAGACCUGUGUGACUGCUGUUCUGACAUGGGCAUCUGUCUUUGUGCCGCUUUUGUACCCUGUAUUCUUGCCUGUCGGGUCGCGGAACAAGCCGGGGAAACCUGCUGUCUCCCAUUUUUGCCGGGGUCUAUGAUCGCCCUCCGUACAGGAGUGCGUGGAAAAUACCGCAUUCAGGGGUCUAUCUGUGAUGACUGGAUGGUCAUGUCCUGCUGUCCAUUGUGUGGUCUCUGUCAGAUGGCCAGAGAGCUGAACAGGAACUAAGAAGACAGAAGAGGUGGCCAGGCCUCACUUUGGAGAAAGCAAAGGAAGAGUUGAAGAAAAGAGUUCAGAGGAACAAAGCUAGCGCUGACCGAUCUGAAGUGAGAAAGAAAAGAACACAAGAUUACAACGGGGUUAAUUUUCCUGCUUGUUUGUUGACUAGUAUUUGAAACUCCACAAUGCAAAAUCCUGCAGAAAAGAAUAUGCACCAAAACACAAACACAUCUUAUAUAUUAUAUAUAAAACUGAAAAACACAAAAGGAUAGCUUUUUUUACAUCCCAUAAGGAAUUAAAUAUAAUUAUGAAUAAAUACAAAGUCAUACUAGAAGUUGUUUUCUUUCUCUCUUUGGUGCCAUCUACAGGUCAUCCAGAAUCUUGUAGACCAGAUCUGAUAGUCCUAAACCAGAGGUUUUCAAAUUUGACAACUUUAAGAUUUGUGGACUUCAACUCCCAGAAUUCUUCCAUGCUGGCUGGAGAAUUCUGGGAGUUGAGGUCCACAAAUCUCAAAACGUGGAGACCCUAGAUUGAACUGGAUUCUGAAUACAGCUGCCUCUUAGUGCUAACGAAAGAGCUAUCCUCUUGCUGAAGAUUCAAUAAACAGGGAUUUUUAUGUUUAUUCCCUCUGUCAUUUCCACCUUGAAAUCUAUAUCCUAAUAAAUCCUCAUCUAAAACUCUGCUUGGGGUUUUUUUAAAAAAUAA